ACAGUGUCAUGGACCGCAACUGACAAGCAAGAAAAGAGUGGGUUGGAUGCAGCUUCAAAAAGAGAGAUGGGCACAAAGCCUCCUGAGAUCACUAUAUACAGUACUCUGGAGAGAGGCAUGUUUGAAGAACCAAUUUUUCAGCCCUGCAUGUUGUAAUGCAGUGAGAAAGCAAAGAUAAGAGCCUGUGUUUUGAAUGUUUGCCAGAGCACCAGGUUACUGAUACAAAUAGAAGGCAUACAGGAGGAGCAGCGCAGACUAAAGGUGGGGAAAAAAGGAAGACAUUUAAAAACUGGAGGAGAAUCAUUGGUGCCUCCUUAAGAGCGGCAAGUCACUUGGCAGAAUAGUGUGGUUUUUUUUUUUUUGGUUUUGCAUGUUUUGUUUUGAAUAUGUAAACAUAGACAAAACAAACGAAAAGUGCAGUCUGUGGCAAGGGUGUGAACAGAACUGAGAUAGGAUGAAACUCCCAUUGGCUUGAGGGAAGUUGGGAAUUAAGUAAGGGCACUAUCCCUUGUUGUUUGCAUGGAGCAAUACAAGACCUCCCAUUUAAAUAAACAGCUUAAGGAAUUGUUUAAACUUUACUUUGAACAUUGACAACCAUACCAAACCUUUCUGUGGAUUGGCAUUUCCUUUCCAGGUUACCAUCAGUUGAUGACUUUAGUUUUAUUGAAUCAGACCUACAAUUUUGUUGCAGUACUUCUUUGCCAUGAAACGCCUGCUUUGUGCAAAUCUCUAGGAAUCCAAAGCUUUAUAGCAUUAUACUAAAAGCGGGAUGAAGCUGUUCUGAAUUUCACAUUGGAAUACAGUAAGUGCUUUUUGAACAGUGGCUGAUUUUACUAAGUGUAUUACACAUACGUCACUGUGUUUCCUGUGUGUUAAGGAAGCAAACCAGCACUAGGGAUUUUCCAGCCAAGCCGCAUUUUCCACAAGCGUGUGCAUACAGUAACGCAGCAUUUACUGUGGCAGCAGUUAUACGGUAGUUGCCUCUGAGGAUGAGGAGAGAGCGCAGUUCAGGCUCCUUCAGAAAGGAGAGGAAGGAGAAGACAGCCUCUAUACCCCGUGCUCUGAGCUGGAUCAACUUCUCCACACUCACCCGACAGACCCGCCGUCUGUUCCGCAGCAGUGGGGAGCUGUCGUCAGGGAAACAGGGAGAGGAGGAGGAUGACGAAGAUUGGGUUUAUGCCCCUUUGCACCGGAAAGCUGUCUCUAACUUGGAUGACGAGAGUAAGUGGACAGUCCAUUACACGGCCCCCUGGCACCAGCAGGAGAACGUCUUCCUGCCCACGAACAGACCAGCCUGUGUGGAGGACCUACACCGACAGGCCAAGGUCAACCUGAAGACCGUGCUGCGAGAAUGUGACAAGCUGAGGAACGAUGGAUUCCGCAGUUCUCAGUACUACUCUCAGGGCCCCACCUUCUCCUCAUCCAACCUGUCUGAUGGCAGCCUGCCAGAGUAUGACGACCCUGAUAGAAAGCAGUCUAAUUUAUUAGACUAUCUCAGCCAGUCUUGCCUUAAUGUCUGCUGUCAUUUGACCCUCUGGAAACACAAGUCUACAGUUUCGUCAACUGAGGAUGAGAAGCUAAUGUUUUCCGUGAGGCCCAAAACCCCAGUACUCGGUGACGUUUCUGAUAUUAACAUCCAGACCAACUGGACCAAGUCCCUCCCACUGCCAACCCCUGAGGAGAAGAUGCGCCUGCAGGCCCAGGCUGUGCAGGCUGAUGUCGUUCCCAUCAAUAUAACAGGGAAGACUUUUGACCGUCAGGCCAUCAUCCGACAGUCCUUAGUUAACACUGACACUGUGGUAAGACGUCCGAAGAAAGUCAAAAGGAGAAAGACAAUUACAGGGGUUCCCGACAACAUCCAGAUGGAACUAGCUGGGCAUAAUGAACUCCGGAGUCACUCAAUGUACAUCCCAGGUCAAUAUUCCACUCUAGGUAGGAUAGGUAGUGGGCACUCUGCCUUGCGGAGAUCAGAGAUGAGAGAUUCCAGCUGUCAGACAGAAGAAAUGAAAAUAGUGCCGCCAUCAGUGAGACGAAUUCGAGCACAGAAGGGACAAGGUAUUUCUGCUCAGAUGUCCCUAUCCAACUCCUCUGGAAACAUGUCUACGGUCAAUGACGCUGUGGGAGUCCUGUUUGUUCCACAAGUUAAUGGUGACUUGCGUUUCCAUAGCCUGCCAAGAUCUGGAGCAAGGGUGUCCUUGCAGUCAAUAGAGAAACCCGAUAGGGCUGUAUAUAAGUCUGAAGAGACCUCUUGCAGCACCUUGCCUCGGCAGAUCAGCAAAUUUCAUGUGGAUGAAAGCGUGAUUCAUCUGAGAAAUACACCCAUGACAGGAACACUACCGAGGCCCAAGUCCCAGAAAGCAAGAAGCUUCCAAAGCGAUAGAGUGACAAGCCCAGCCUGUGUGGUGUCCCCUCACGCAACUUACUCAACAAGUGUCAUACCCAAUGCCACACUACCCUCAUCGACAGAGGUGAUAACCAUUCACACCUCUCAAAGUUCAGGGAAAUUAAAUAACCAGACAAACUUAGCAUCUACAUAUGCACCAGAAAGGCCCAUCAGUACUGUAUCCAUGAGCAACGGGAUUGACUUGAAGGAAGAACACAGUUCUUCUUUUAGUCGUGCAACAAUGCCAUCUUGCUGUGAUUCAUCUGUGUCUUUGAGUACAGGAAAUAACACAGAGACAGGAUCACAGUGCAGUACUUUGGAUGGAAGAAGUGACUGUAGCAUGAAGGAUGCAAGAAGUGAUUCAAGCUACUCGGAAAGCAGUUUCCCAAGCAGGAGCACAAUCCCUGUCGAUCAGUGGAUAUAUGACACACCUGAGAAUGUCCUGCCUCAUAAGUCUUUGACAUCAAGUUGCUACACACUGAUCAAUCACAUUUAUAGUAGCUUAGAGAGAAGUUCUAGUAAAACUGACACAAGCUCCUUGUAUUCCAUGGACAAUGAUGGUUAUUACACCUCCAUGCAUCUUAAAGCCAGAAGCCAGUAUGAAACUAGCGGUAUGGGGAACUCAAGACACAGUAUGUAUGAAAGUAGAGACCAUCAAAGCCAGGAAGAUAGGUUGAGCGUGAACAGUGAUAAGUCACUGUCACGUACCAUUUCUAUGAAGAAGUCAAAGAAGCCACCUCUGCCCCCUUUUAGGACCGACUCCUUAAGACGUAAGCCAGGGAAAAAGUCUAACUCCAAUGGUCCUGUCUUGAAUGAAACACUUAUAGCUACCUUGCAGCAAUCGCUACAGCCCAAUCUGAAGUGCAAGAGUGGGUCGCCCCCAUCACAGAGCCCCUCCAGUGACUAUGAUGACCCCUGGGUUUUGCGCUCCCGCAGCCAGAGCACAGUCAGUGCCAGCAGCAGUGGCAUGUCCACCUCUGGGCCAAACGUCUACUCUGUUUGCCCUGUCACCCCUUCUCAGAGUGAUACCAGCAGUAUCAGGUCAGAGUACACUGAUGCCUGGGGAUAUUACAUAGACUUCACUGGGGUCCAGAACAACCAGCUCAGGUCCGCAAGUGUUGAUGCAGUUUCUGGGGAUUAUGGCGAUGGUGGCAGUCUCCCCAGUGGGUCAAGGGUUUUCAACCCGCAACAAGCACCAGGCACAUCCGUAAAGACAAAGAUGACCACCUCUCCUGAUAAGGUGCACAGAGUGACCUCGCCAUCCAGCGGGUACUCAAGCCAGUCUAAUACCCCCACUGCUGGCACUCCAGUGCCAGUCUUCUUGAGGUCUAUGUCACCUGCUGGUGGGAAGUUCAAGCCAAAAGUGCCUGAAAGGAAGUCAUCUUUGUUAUCAUCUGUGUCUGUCUCCUCUUCUACAUCCUUGUCAUCAAACAUUUCUGACACACCAAGGAAUCAUGCUAACCCCAUGAAUCCACCCCCUCCAUUACCUCAACCUUGCAUCCCUAUGGCUCCUCCUCUCCCUCCCGGCCCUUCCAUGGAUCCUUCUCUUCCCUGCGGUCCGCCAAAGGCCCCUCCAAUUCCCACACCACCACUUCCCCCAAGCUCUCCAUCACCUGUCUUUACUGCAGCUCAAAUAUUUCCUCCCCCACCUGCACCACCACUCCCACAAGUUUCUGCAAUAACCUCUCCAACUGCACCCACCACCUCACCUCCACCCCCCUCUUCUCCUAGCUUCCCUCCACCUCCACCAGAGGUGCUUUUGGAUCAUUCCUUUGCGAUUGAUGUUCCCCGCAGUCUGCCUUCUCCACCUCUUUUUCCUAUUCAUAUUCCUGUUACUCCCCCUCCCCCUCAUUCUCCUCCUCCUGCACCCCCAUUACCUGUUGUGGCUCCACCACCAGCUCCACCACUCAACCUGAAAGCCCUAAAAUAUGCCAUUAAACCUACACAUCCUCUCGGUAUCUGCAACAAUCAGCAUCCUGCUUCCAGUGACGAGGGAAAGAAGCCUACUAAUCAGCCUGAAUCCAAUAAGACAAUGAUGCCACUCAUCACACCUAAAGCCCUUCAGAUGGUGCAGUUGAGGUCUGUCAGGAAGACAGAAUUAAUAGAAGUUGAAAAGACUACCCAAAAUCUUCAGGUAAAACAUGAACUUAUUGAUUCCCAAAAUCAUUCAUCACCGGAAAAGCCUAAAUUACUGGAGCGUCCGACUUCAUUGCAGACUAGUUCCAAGAUAAAUGGUUUGAAGAAACCAGUGGUUAAGAACUUUGAGUUAAUUAUUGCUAAGGAUGCUAAGAUCUCUGAGGCAAUAUCGGGUCUACCCACUAGCAAUAGCAUGUCUGAAAUGCCAACAAUGUCGAACAAGGCGGAUGUCUUCCCAGGUACAACAGAUGAGCUUCAGCCUUGCACUAACACAACCUCACCUCUAGAGAACGAAGCAUCUCCAACCAAAGCUGGCAAAACCUCCCAUCCCGAAAAGAAACCGCUUGUCUUUUCAAAGAAACCCAACGUAACCCUUAUUGUGCCGCCUGGGCAGACAUUGUCGAGCAAAUCAGAAAACCAAGACUCAACCAAGGCAUGUGUAACAAAGGUCCUAAGCCCUCAGAACAGUGUUUCAAUUACCGCUGGGAACAGUGAGGAAGAGAAUGGCCCACUCAAGGUGCUACAGAGUGGAGAGGAGACAGAUUCAGGCAGCUCCACUCCUGUAGCCAAAACCCAUGACUCUCUUUCCUGUGAGAGUACUGUAGAUGACUUUCGGAAGAUUCCGACCUUGCUUGUCCAGCAGGAGGAACAGACCCUUUCAGACAACAAAAAUAUUUCGGAUGUUGAUGGAGGCAGCAGCACUUCAGGAUCCAUAUGCUCCAAUGAAGAUGAAAGUGCCAUAUCUUUUGCAGGUGAGGUUUUUGAAACAAACACAGCUAACCCAUCGCCAGUAUCAAGUACUUGUGGAGAAAGUUCUGAAGAGAUGGUUACACCAACUAGACCCAGAACUACAGAUGAUCUGUUUGCAGUGAUACACAGAUCCAAAAGGAGAGUUCUGGGGAGGAAGGACUCUGAGGAGGACCAUGUGCGGAACCACUCCACGUCUCCCCCUGUCACACCCACCGGCGGGGUCCCCAGCCUGGCCUCGCCACACCGUCAGACAGGCUCCAUCCAGCGCAGCAUACGCAAAUCUGCCACCAGCAGUGACAACUUCAAGGCCCUGCUGUUGAAGAAGGGCAGCCGCUCCGAGACCAGCUUCCGCAUGUCUGCCACAGAGAUGCUGAAAAACACAGCUCCCAAAUUCCAGAGGACAUGCUCCGAGUCCACUCUGGAUCUCCCUGACAGCCACAGCAGUUCCCCUGGGAAGAACAAGCCAGCCCAGGAUGAAUGGGUCAAGAGCGAGGGGCUUCUACCCAGGAGUGCCUCCCUCUCAGGCACCAAGUACAGUCGCUCACGCACGCCUCCAUCGGCUGCCAGCAGCAGGUACAAUGCCCGUAACCGCAUCCUCAGCAGCCCAAUGACAGUCAUUUGUGAGGGAGAAAGUGAACUGGCAGAAUCAAUUCACUCGAAGUCCGCUUUCAGCUUGGGGUAUGUGAGUGGAAUGCCUACAGGCUGGUUUCAAAGCAGCCAAAACUCAUUACAUACUUCACCAUUGCAAGAAGAGACUAGUUCCCAGAUAGACUGCUCCGAGAAAUCUGAGAAAGUUUAUCCCUCUGAGAACUGGAAUGGCACUUUAUUGAAGGAACAAAGCUGUUAAGGGCUGGGGGACUUUUGAAUUUGGACAUUUCUGUGAGAAUCGUGGUAGGCUGGAGACUUUGAAGAGAAGCAAGCCUGCUUAGGGCCAGGACUCUCCCACACAAAGACUAAUAGAAACUGCUUUAGAGCAGUAAGGUUCUGGGAGAAAAUGGACUGUAAACAGAAGGGAGAGCUUGCCUGCAAAAUUGUACUAUUUUUCUUUUCUGUUUUUUAGGUUAAGGAUUUCAAAUGAAUUGUGACUGCAAUGUUUCUGUUUAUUUUCAUAAAUUAUUUUUCAGGAAAUGACAGAAGUAAGUAGAAAUAGGUUGUAACUGAGCAACAGGUGGUAAAGGGGUGUACGUUUUCAGGUAGUGUCAAGUUUAUAUUUGUUUGUGCUGGAUUGAGCUGACAUGAGUGGUGCUACUGUUUGAAGAAAGUAGCUGGGCUGGAACUGAAGGCAAGUCGUUUCUUCUAGAAUUUUGACAAAAGGAAAAUAUUGAAUUACUUUAUGUGAGAAUGCAGAAAGUAAAGGUAACAAGAUUGUGUUUUAUAUUUCUUUUCAUUGAAUUGUGAGAUGCACAGCAACAGGUGGUGCAAAAAACUACACCAGCCUUGUUUUUUUAAAGAAAAUAUUGCUUCCUAAUACCAUGGAACAUGUAACACCUUUUUCCUUCAAGUGGUGUAUUUUUGUAGUACAUAAAUAUUUUGAUAACAAUGAAUACUCUUGCAAUAACAACUUUUGAUGGCUCAUCAACACAGCCCUCAAAUCCGGCCUUUUGUAGCAGUAUCUAAAAUGGAAAGGGAUAAAACACAUAUUGGCACUGCCAGAGUGUGAAAAUACAUUGUAGGUUUUGAAAACCUUUCUAGAUAUAUUUUAGUUUGUAGAUUUUGCACUCCAAUUACUUUCUUUUAUUGUUUUACAUUUUUUAAAACAUAUAUAUUGUGUUUCAUUGCAGCCAUUUUGGUAGAACUUAUUAAUUUGAGCUAAAGGAUGACAAAACAAAACAGAUUUAAUUUGAAAUCUGACCACCCUGAUAUACUUGCUAACAUUUGGUUACCAAAGAUCUUGUUAUUGUUAUUAUUAUUAUUUUUUUUUAUUUUUUUUUAAAAGCUCCCAAUUUGUAAAUGUUAAAGGAGUCUAACAUAUUUUAUAUUAACGGUUUUUCUUUUGGCAAACCUUUUAAUGAAAACAGAAAAAAAAAGAAAAAAAAAACGUGCUCUCAUUGUGUUUUUACUUUUUUACGAUUGACAUAAUUAGACUUUCCUGUGCAGUUUUAUAUUGUUUGUAAAUAUACAGAAAUUGUAAAAGUACCUUUUGACUUUACAGAAUUUGUACAUUUUGAGAACCUUUUUGAAAGAGGGGAAAACCUUUUGUAGACUAUUUAUUUUAGUAUAGUGAAAACUGGUUGUGACUUUUUCAUUUGCAGUCGAACGUGUUAGUAUUCAGUAGUAUUCUAAAUUCAGAAGCUUUUAAGAGAGCACCGAAUGCUGCGAUUACCUGCUUCAAAUAAAGCAAGUCUGCUGAGUUUGUCUGUUUCUGUAAUAAACACAGUAGUUUUCCCCAGCAAUCUAAAUGAUGUACAUCUGUCACAGCAGUCACACUAUUACUGUCUUACUAGGUGUUCAACGCAAAAUGAAAACACUUAAGUGGACCGUUUUACAUUUUUGAAGACAAAAAAAAAAAAAAAAUAGACCGACGUAGGUCAGUAGGGAAAAAAAUAUCUACUGGGGCUCCCGAGUGGCCCAUCCAGUAAAGGAUGCACCCUAUAGCUUGGAGGUCGCUGGUUUGAGCCCAGGCUGUUGCACUGCCAACUGUGGACGGGCUUUCCCAGGGGGCAACACACAACUGGCCGAGCGCCGCCCGGGGGAGGGGUUUAGUUCAGCCAGGGUGUCCUCUGCAAUUGGUGCACCAGCAACCCCUGUAGACUGGCCGGGCGCCUGCAGGCUUGCCUGUAAGCUGACCAGAGCUGCGCUGUCCUCCAACGCUGUAGCUCUGGGCUGGCUACAUGGCGGGCCUACUGAGUGAAAAGAAGCAGUCGGCUGACGGGGGCGCACGCUUCGGAGGACAGCGUGUGUUAGUCAUCACUGCUCGCUGCAUUUGUUUCAUAAUGGUCCUUCAUGUACCUAUCUUCCUUUUUAAGUAUAUAUUAAGUGAGUCAGAGUACCCAUGCCAUGAAAAUACCAUAAUGGGAUUUUGUACUUUACACCUUGCUCUUACAAAAUUUGCAAUUUAACGGAUGUAUUGCUUUCUGAUUAAAAACUACCACGAUUCAACAA